AUGAACCUAGAUAUGGAUGUGAAAUACAAGAGCUAUCUAGAUGAAGGGGAAGCUGACACAAAUGUGAAGUGUGUUCUUGUUGAUAGCCGCUCGGGUCGUGCCUUUUGUGGCGGAAAGGAUAUUAAAGUGGUUGUUUCAAAAGGACAAAAACACCCCUGUUCUGCCGAAGGUUUCUACAUUACGCUUUGCUUUGAACCAAAAGAUAGAUGGUGUCCAUUAAGUUGGCACGUUGAUUCAUUGAUAAGCAUAGUUGCCGGAUUCGGUGAAAUGGUGUCCGAAUCCCGUAUCGGUCACGGUCGCUACCGGAUCAUUACAGAGAGGACUGUUCUUGCUAUGCCAGAGAAUGUAAUUUGUUUGUUCCCAGAUGUUGGGUUUUCACGUAUAGAGGCAAAGAAUCCAGGAGGAGGAUCUGUAGGUAUAUCCCCACAAACAGAUGGAACUUUAACAAUGCUGCUUAUGAAACAUAACAGAUGGAGAGGUGGAGAGCUUCAAGUUGAUUCCGUGAUGCAUGUUGCAAGCUCCAUACGGGGACACAAUGUUUCAAGCCAAAUUGCUUUUUUGUCAUUGACUUCCUUUCCCGACACAGGUACAUUAGCCCCGAGUCCUUCGGAUACCUGGAUCUACUACAAAAAAAACACAUUAUCGCAAUCGUUGUCAACCGCCUCUGUCUGCUUGGAACAAUGUGACACAGUCCCCUCCCCUGAGCACUACACCGGCGAACCAAAAUUUGCAACCGGAAACACCAAGCUCGAGAAACAGGACGUGAGAUAA